UCGGAGUGCCCCAACCGCGGAAAACAUCCACUGCAACCUUCCAACUUUCUCAUCUCAUUAUUUCUGGCUUCUAUUGCUGUUUUACUCAACCUAAUCUGCUCACCCACUGAACGAAAGAUCAAGGCAGUCAUCAGAGUUCCAUCCAUCAUUCUUCAGUCAGUCAAGUCAAGUCAAGUCAGUCAGUCAGUCAAGUCCAUCAGUCUUUCCUUUCCUUUGUUUUGUACACAAGAGAUGUACGGUUUGGUGUUUGAAAAGUUGGAGUCGUUUGUGUUGGAAAAUCAUGGGAGAGACGCCUGGCAUGCCGUCAAAGAACAUGCUCAUUGCGCUGUAGCCGAUGGUCAGUUUCUGCGUCGUUCUCAUUAUGCAGAUCAGGAGCUGAUUGACUUGGUGGUGGCCGCCUCCGAGUUGACUGGUGCCGCAAUUCCCGUCAUCUUGGAAGCGUUUGGGCAUUACUGGUAUCGCCAAAUGCACGAUGCCGAUGGUCAUGCCACGCUCUUACAAGCCCAAGGCAAGACGCUGCGGACGUGGCUCUCGUGUUUGAAUGCCAUGCACGAUCACAUUCAAAAGUCGUUCUGCAGCAAAGCCAAUAAGGACUCCAAUUUCCACGCUCCCAUUUUUUGGUGUGAAGAUUGUUUAGUGGAAGACACAAAUUCAAGCAAUGAAGGCAAUGAAGGCAGUCUUUUACUGCAUUACUACUCCAUGCGAGGAGCCCUACUGGUGCCCAUGGUGGUGGGCAUUGUCAAGGAAUUGGCCGCGUCAUUGUUUGACCUCGAAAUUGUCAUGACACAAUGGGCAGCUCAGGGAGAAGACGAUGCCGAGUUUACCACGUGGAAAGUACAAGCCAAGGAUCCCAAAGAUGCCUACAAGCUCACUCCCAGAGUUACUGCUUCACCACACCAACACACACAACUAGUAGUGGAAAAAGAAGGCAUGCUUCAAGGCAAAUGCCCCUUUACAGGGCAUUCACUGUCACCAGAACAAGACGAAGAUGAAGAAGAAGACAAACCUGAAGAUGAGGAAGAAGAACCAGUUCCUGAAAUGACAGCGGAAGCAUCCAUCCUGGUAGUCCAGCCAUCCAAUCCAUGCUCUUCUCUUCCCGCAGACUGCGCCGUCUCUCUCAGUCACAUGCAAACCCUCUUUCCCUUUCAUGUAUUGGUCAAUCAUGACUUUAUCAUUCAACAAGUGGGAUGUCAAUUGACGCCACUCCUCGUUGACAAGCGCAACCAAAAGACCGCAUCAGAGCAACAACAACAACCAACACUCCUGGGCAAACACAUUGGACAAGUCCUACAAAUCAGUCGUCCCGUCUUGGGUUCUUCUUGGGAUUGGAAAGCACUUCACAAACUCGCCGAUCAACACUUUUUCAUGGUUCCCAAAGCAGCAGCAGCAUGCACAACAACGACUCCCAAUCGAACUAGCAGUAUGACUUCCAAUACUACUAGUAGUGCUAGUAAACGAGCCAAACCCAAAUCGGUGCACCACCGGCACCUCAAAAAGCGAGUCUCCAUGGAAGGCAACACUAUCAAAUUCAAAGCGGCCAUGGUAGAAAUACCCCUCACCACCAACAACAACAAUAAUCAACAACAACACCUCGUCAUGUUUUCGCUCGCACCCGAUGCCCGUUCCGUCCGAGAUCUACAAUCCAUGGGACUUACCAUUCCGGAAUUACCCUUGCAUUCCAGUCAACGCGAUGCCAUUCUACUAGGAGAAUACAUUGCCCAAGAAAUGCAUCGCGCCCACGAACUCGACAAGUUGUCCAAAAAAUUGCAAAUGGAAAAAGACUUGUCCAAUACACUCCUCUACAAUAUGUUACCGCCCACAGUCGCCAAUGAUUUGCGCACCGGCAAUACCAUUGAACCCGUCCAACACGACAAUGUGACGCUGUUCUUUAGUGAUAUUGUCGGAUUCACCACUAUUUGUGCCCAAGUCGAUCCAUGGGAUGUCAUUGACAUGCUAAAUCAACUCUACUCGGUUAUGGAUCAUCUCGCCGCCAAAUUCAAUCUGUACAAGGUGGAAACGAUUGGAGAUGCCUACAUGUGUUGUAGUGGCUUGCCGGAACCAGAUGAUCUUCAUGCAGAGAACAUUGCCAACUUUGCCAUUGCCGUCAUGGAAUGCGUCAAGCACGUCAAGUCUCCAGUCGAUGAUACCUCGCCCAUUAAUUUACGAGUUGGAAUGCACACGGGACAUUGUACUGCCGGGGUCGUGGGGACGCUGACGCCACACUACUGUCUGUUUGGAGAUAUGGUGAAUGUGACAGCCAGACACGAACAAACAGGUGUGCCUGGAAGAAUUCAAUGCUCCAGUGAUGUCUUUGGCCAACUCAAGCACUUUUCGAGUUUCGAAAAGGAGCAGUAUCAGUGGACGCCUCGAGGACUCGUGGAUAUGAAAGGCAAGGGGGAACGAUACACGUACUUUUUGGAGGGAGGCACAACCGACAACACACUGGCGGGCCCUGCAGCGGUCCAGGAUCUCUACGAGGAAGUUCGUAUAUUGUUGGAAACGAACACUUGGAGGAAGCGACGGUACUUUCGUCGGUCGGGGGCAUUGAUGAACGGUGUUGGCAACAACAGUGUUGUGUCGGGCUCGGAUUGGAUGUCGGAUAUGAGCAUGUCGGAAGCGGGCGGGUCCAACAGUCGGCUACCGGUAUCGGACUCUUUGACGGAAGACCUUACUGCUAGCGCAGCGGGGUCGAACGCGCUGUUGGAGCCCGACGAAACAAGCAAUGAAACGGGAAAGGCGGAUAGUCUUGACACCCAAUCCACUCGCAUCGAUGACCUCGAUCUCGACCUGGAUAUUGAUGAACACCUUCAGGGUAUUGACGAAAGCAACAACGAUUCCAACGCGGAUGUCGCGACGAAGACAGAUGCAAAAACCGCGGUGGUCCAGAAUGGGUUGAUGAGUCUUGUCUGGAACGAUGACAACGUCAAACGAGAGGAUUAUGUUGCGAUCGCCCAUCAGUUGAUAUCCACCGUGAUGAUGGAAUGUUUGCUGCACACGGGCCGUGGCAGUCUCCCCGACACGACGGAACUUUUAGACGGACAGCUUUUCGGGUUUGUCGAUUGCAUUUCGAAGUCGUACACUGCUCGGAACGCCUUUCAUUCCUUUCGUCGAGCAAUCCAUCAAGUCGCUUGGGCCAAUUACUUGUUUGAAGCCAUACAAAAGCAAAACGCGAGCAAGACGUCACACCGUCUCGUAGACGACAAUCCAUGGUACCGAUUGACGCUCCUAUUGGCAGCUCUGAGUGUAGAUUGCAAACACUCGGGUGUGUCGGGCGAACAGUUGCAAGCUGAAGGGCAUAUGGUGUACAUGCUUCAUGGCGAGGAUAUCAACUGCCAAGUUAGAUACGCGUUGGCCUUUGCUGUCAAUGCGCUGGAGGAGAACUACGUGGAUCUGUUUCGGGAGUUGAACAGAUCAAUUCCAAACUUUCUCUUCUUGUUGCGACGAUACGCGCUGUCCAAGUCGCCUCUUGACCAGUUCGAGAAAGUCAUGGCCCACGACGAGGACGAAGCGGACAACGCAACCAUGGAACGCACCGGAGCCACGGCCGCAGUGGUGCUCAAGGUCGCCUCCUGGGGUCACUUUGCUUUGGAUGGGGCUUCGUUUGCAGCCUGGAACAAAGCAGCCAUGUCUGAGAAACGUAUUGCCAGUCUCGCUGGUCGUGGCCCAGAUCCUGUUCCGACGUGGAACGACGACUGCAAGAAGUUGGCGGACACGGAGUUGCUGCCUCUGAUUGACAGCUGUGAGAGGGUCCUCCGCCAGCCAACAGGAUUGAAAGAUGCCGUUUUGCGCAAUCUUCAGAGUCUGCAGUAAGCGGAGCAGGGAAUGAGGGAGCCAGGAUGCACCAGGGUAGCGGCUAUUUUCAUAAUUCGAAUCAACAGCUGUACAUGUAGUAAACCAGUUUUGACAGCUCUAGCUAAGACUAAGAAUAGCUAGUGGUCUCUGAAGAUGCUCCAAAGCCUACUGACCUGGCUCUCCUUCGAAAAGUUCCCUAUUCCUAUUCCUCACCCCUGCAGUCACAAUCCAUGACCAUUCUCGUUCUUUUGUCCAUCAUUCCGUGAGCAUUCAACUCGACUCCUUUUCGGCUUGGCUGUUUUCAGCACCCCACCUUCAUUCUUUCAUCUUGCAUGCACUUGCCUUGUCCGUCUUGCUAAUCUCACAGCUGCGCAUAUGGAUUGUACAUGGUCCGUCGCUGCUUGGCGUUGGUGGCAGCCGCCGCAUUGGGCAAUACGGCCGCCGCUGCCAUGGUGGCAUCUGGAUAUCCGUAUCCUCCGGGUGGUUGCUGUGGCUGAUGAUGGGCGGCCUGUGGGGCAUGAUGCGCCUGUUGUUGAUGCUGUUGUUGCUGCUGCUGCUGCUGAUGUUGUUGCUGUUGUUGCAAAAACUGAUGAUACGAGUGAAAGGGAUGUUGCGCGGCAGCGGCGGCCGCUACCGCGUGAAAUGCUGGUGCCGGUGCUUGAUGUUGUUGUUGCUGCUGUUGUUGAAUGGACUGUUGCUGGUGGUGAUACUGCGCAUGUUUUGUUGCUGCUGAUGUUGCUGUUGCUGCUGUCCAAUAUGCUCUUGUUGUUGAUGCUGUUGUUGCUG